UUUAAAAGACAACAGUUUCCGACCACUUGUAGGGACAAAUUCGGAGGAUACGCACGCACACCUAUGGAGGACCUUGGCAUAUCCUUUAUCAUAUUCCGUGUUUGUAUUUGCAAGGGAGAACAAGAAGAAAGAGUUCGUUCUAUUUAUAUCUAAUCUAUUACAUUAGGCGUACGUCUUGGAGGUAGCUAGUACAUCAUUUCAAAGACUAGUUCUAGUUGGGAGAAGUGACGGCAAAGAUGCGACUUCCACUUACAUUCAUUCUGAUUUGCAAGCUAUGUUUGGGUCUUCAAAUGGACACGGUCAUUCAGUUCCAGCGGUCGGGAGUGGUCGGUGAGGUCGAGACUGUCGAGCAGGUAUUGAUCAACAGAGCCCCUCUCUCCAGCUGCGGGAAAGACAUCAUCGCCAUUCUCCGUGCUGUAUUGUUGGGCAACUACAGCGAGUCUUUUCAACAUGCGUUUGAGAUAGAAGAAAAUGUCAACAACACCAUGACAAAAAAUCAUACUUACCAGUACCUGCGUGUGCGUGAAUGCAAACUGGACGGAUUUCGAGUGGUGCAUUUGACCGACCGGCUCCUGGUCGACGGGAAUUACUUCCUGACUCUGGACCGAAACACAGACACCUGGACAGCUGAGGUACCACAGGCCCUCGCACUCAAACAGCUUUGGGACCAGGACACUGAGCGCACGAGGCUAGAGAGGAUUCAACUCCACGAGAGCUGUGCCAAACUGAUGAAGGAGCUCACACAUUCUGAGCCCACCACCACUGGAGCAGGGAUGUCCAUGCUGGCUGCCCUGGCUUCAUUGCUAGCAGGCCUGGUCUUUGUUGCCCUGGUUACCGCAAGCUUCCUCAUCUUUAAACAACAAGAUCCCAAAGUUUCAGGACACCCUGGAGGUGUCCUUGGCUCCAUCGUCCACUAUCCUGAGAACAUCCUAGAAACACCUCAGGCCCCUCAUCCAGGAAAAGGCUAUCAGGUCCUCUAAAACCCAACGCUACUUUCCCCAUCUACUUCUGAUGUUAACUGAUCACUAGUCACUACACAGCAGUCUGGUCUGGUGACCAAAAUGCCUUGGUUGCGGUCUGAUUUCCUACCUUUCGCCUCAGAAUGUAUGUUCACUCUCCCUUGAUAUGGUGGAAACUGCUCACACCAAUUCAAUGCUUUUAAAUCCAUGAGGGGGAGUGAGCAAAUACACAUUUUGGGGUAUGGGCAUUGUAAUUCACCAAUGUAUGUUCCCUGGUCCAUCCAAGUCUCUGGUCCCCAUUUCUCCCUGGGCCUUCUUCCAACAGGCCCUAUUCCUACAGUUGAAGUCGGAAGUUUACAUACACCUUAGCCAAAUACAUUUGAACUCAGUUUUUCACAA